AUGGCGAUGGAGGACCCGAUCCUGGAAGCGACGCAUAGUGUCGACACUGUGCUUCCACUGGGGGCCAAUCUGGCCCUGGAACCUGACGAGGAAGUUUCCGAUGCCGAUAUGCAGAGCAACUUGGGGAGCGAUGUCGACUCGGCAUUGGGCGAAGCAAGUUAUUCAGCAUCCGAAGCAUGGCCUUCGUCAACCGCUUCAUUACGGUCGAGCAUAGUCCGGGCCAUGGAGGAGAACGGCCGCAUCUACCAUGGGUACAAAGAUGGCAAAUAUGUCUUGCCAACUGAUCAAGAGGAGCUCGACCGCCAAGCAUUUCAGUACCAGCUAUGCCAGUUGACGUUCGAAAAUAGGCUCAACUUCGCGCCGGUCUACCACCCACAUAGGGUUUUAGAUGUUGGAUGUGGCAUAGGCAUGUGGGCAAUAGACUUUGGCGAAGAGCAUCCCGAGUCCGAGGUUAUUGGCGUGGACCUUUCGCCCGUUCAGCCAGGCUUCACACCACCCAACGUCCACUACGAAAUAGACGACCUCGAAGAGGAAUGGAGCUUUUCGAGAAAGUUUGACUACAUCCACAGCAUGAUGAUGACAGGUGCCUUUAGAGACUGGCCCAACUUUCACCGACAAGCAUUUGAGAACCUCAACCCGGGGGGGUGGCUCGAGAUCCAGGAUAUCGACUUUCCCAUGCGAUGCGAUGAUGGGACGAUUCCACCCGAAUGCGAUCUGGGGAGAUGGAAUGAUCUCAUGAUGGAGGCUGGUAGAAGAUCGGGUUUCCUCCUCGACACGUGUGGCCGGGCAGCGGAAAUGAUGGCCAAUGCAGGCUUCAUUGACAUUGUGCGAAUACCGUUCAAAUGGCCCAUCAAUCAAUGGCCGCGGGAUGUCAGGCAUAAAACCCUGGGCCUCUGGACCGAAGCCAACUUCAGUGUUGGUCUUGAGUCGAUGACUUUGGCCCUCUUCACCCGGUUUAUGGGGUGGAGAAAGGAGGAGGUAUGGGACUUCAGCGCGAGGGCGAGCGCAGAAUGGCGUGAUGUAAGGAGGCAUGGCUACUUCGACGUGUACGUUACGUAUGGGAGAAAGCCAUGA